UUGUUUAUUAAGGCUCUCUUGACAAUUCUUCGUCGAUGAAAGAAAGGCUAUAACCAUACGUGUCUUUGCAAAAUCUAGAUUUUAUCUUUUAUUCGAUGGUGAUAAAGAAAGAUAACGAGCGAUUAAUAAUGUUAACAUAGCGUCGUAUUUAUAAAUUAAUAUAUAUAUAUAUAUAUAUUUGUAAGUAUAUUGUGCACAAUAUACAUAAGAUAAAUCUUGAUAAUAUAAUAACAAUACAAUAUAAUAUUUUUACGAAAGUGGUUACAAGUGCAACUGAAAGGACGCAAACUGAAAGACAUACUACAAACUGUCCCACUUUGAAACAAAACGCCAACAUCUCUCUGCAUUAGGAGUAUCGUGCACAUCGAACGAUUCCCGGUUUUCAUUUUGUUUAGACUAAACGAAUUCCGCCGUGUGAUCCCGCUGUGAUCAUACGUUUGUCUCCGUUGUUCGUAAUAAGAAAAGAAAGUAAGAUACAUGGUAGCAGCAAGAUCGCGCGGUAGAAUAUUAUCAGUGCGCGUUACGGAAAAUGCGCGGAAAAUGUGAAAAUGCGAAAAUGCGGAAAUUGGAAAAAGUAAGUUUUAAGUAAUUUCAUUGGUAAAUCGAGCGGUAAAGUUCAGAUGGAAAAAAUAUGACGCACGCAAAUGUAUGUCGGCACAGGAGCCGAUGCAAGGAUGAUGUUAUCUGUAAAUAGGAACUCACGAACAAGAUUCCAAACGAAAUUGGCCGGUCCCGGUUAAAAGCAGCGUUGAUAAUUGGAGCAAUUAAACUUGUAAACCGAUGCGAAAGCUAGGCAAUUGACCACACUAGUGGUCGUUCGUACGGUGGUCUAACGUUCGUCAUUGACGGAACGGAACGAAAGCUGGUCGAGUGGCGAAACGUCUGGACUAACGAGCAGGGAUCGACUAGGACUCGCGUCGGCGCUGUUACAAUGCGACGCAGCCGCAUCUGGACCCAACCACCGGACGACGUAAGGGCGGAAGAUGAGCGGAAGGUGGGAAGGAGAGAGCGUACCGCUCCCGAAGCAGAUGACGUCGGAGUUGGCAGCAUUUACCCUCGGCAGUAUCGUCGCGAUAGUACACGACAAAAUUCUCUAUCGGUGUUUGGUGUGAGAUCCAUUCGCGGAGGAGACUCGCGGAAACUCCGGGAGUUGACACGUGAGAUCGGUACAUCGAUUUUUCUCGGUAACCAGCAUCUUUCUCCAACGACGCUUCGUCGAUUGACGUGCGCGCGCGCGCGCGCGUGUGUGUGAGCGCGCGCGUGUGUGUGUGUGUGCGCGCUCGUGUUCGUGUUCGUGUGCGCGCGUUUGUGCGUGUGUGUGUGUGUGUGUGUGUGUGCGUGUACUUCGUCUUGGUCGCCCUCUCAGCGUGCGGGAACCUCUACGUGCUCGUGCUUGAAUUUAAUAACGGGAAACGGGAGUCGAAAGAAAAACAAAAAGAAAAAAAAAAGAAAAGUGAACGACAAAAUGAGAGAGUGAAUAGGCGAACGUUAGGAAUCGUGGACUAUUUGUGAAUUGAUCUACGGAGAAGAAUAAUAGGAAAUCAGUUUUCCGGUUUUUGUUGCUACAGCGUUACUGGUCCUUUUUCCGCUUUGUUUCCCGCCCUUGUCUCUCUUAUGUUUCGAGCAGCUGUCAGCAGGAAGUAGGAGAAUCAACAGGACCAGCAACUGGCAGCCUGUUCCACCGUCGAAAGCUGUUUACACGAACGACCCCGCUGGAAUAUGGCAAAGCCGUGAGAAGGCAUAGCAAGCGACUGUACGUGAUUUUCCUGGCAACUUGAAUUAAUUACCAAGCGUAUCAAUGCACUAAUUUGAUGUCUUGAAAACGACCGACAUGAAGUAUUUGAAAUUCGUCCUAUUUACGUUCAACAUAUUGAUAUGGUUGGCUGGGUGUACGGUACUGAUGAUAGGGGCAUGCUUGCUAUUGGAACCGAGCAAAGGGCACCUGUUAAAUCUUUUCGUGCCCGACGCCACGCCGCACGAAACUAUUAACCUGAUAGCUUGUAGCUUGGUCGGUCUCGGUUUUACGGUGCUGACGGUCGGUUUCUUCGGAUGUCGAGCCGCUCUCUAUGGAAAUCAAUGCAUACUGGCCACCUACAUGAGCAUGCUCGUGGCACUGAUCAUUACCGAACUCAUCACCGCUGCCGUCGGUGGACUAAUGACAUUUCGAAUACUUUCUGGAUUGGAGGAGCGGCUGAUUAACAAAUUGGCCGAGGAUUACGGUCACGAACCGACUAGCGACAUACCCUUCAGCCACAGUCUCGACUUUGCGCAAUAUAAGUUUAAUUGCUGCGGAAUACACGGAUACGGGGACUACAAUGGCACGGCAUGGUGGAGAGACGCGCAAAUUUCGGGCAACAGGAGGCAGGUCCCGCUUACGUGUUGCGUUUUAAAAAAUACAGAGGUAAAAAAUACGGGAAGUCCAAUGAGCGUCGUGUCGAGAGUGUUCAGCAAACAUAACGAGAAACCGUGGCUAAACCCGAAACCAAUGGACGAAAUAGCAUGUCAAGUGGAAGACGAAGAGGGUCACGAUGGAUAUCGACAUAAAGAGGGUUGCCUGUCGAAGGUCACAAGUUGGUUGCAGUGCGAGAGCUUCACAUUAGUAUUCCUGGGCAUGGCAAUGGCUGGUAUACAAACAUUCGGUAUAAUAACUUCGGCUUUCCUUUGUCGAACGAUAAGGGAUAUGCAAGUGGAUUGAGAAGGCCAAGGGGACAAAAAGAAAAGGGAAACCAAUUUCCAGUUGCCAGUUUAGUUGGGUUUACGAGGAGAUCGGACGCGUUAGUUUGAUAUUUCAUUCGUUCAGUUUCAACGAUUUUGUUAUGGAAAUCGAUUUAAUCGAGGGAACAACGAUACACGUGAUAAUACCCGGACGUUUCGAGCAGAUUUCACGAGAGAUUUGGCGAGACAUCCUCCGAAAUCACUGGCGAAAGGAUUUUUAAGAUUUUAUUUUUAAAAACGAUCGAUAGUUGCGACAUUUACCGUAGAAUAAUAGAAAGCUGCGCUUGCUCGAAACCUUCAAAACCAUUCCCGUCCCUCGUAUGCGUGUUUCAUUAUAAAAUAAUCGUAGCGAACUCGAACGACAGACAGAUGUCUACGAUGCUGUAUAUAAAACGUUAUUCACUCCGAAUACGAAAUAGUCUGGUUUUACCAACGUUCGCGAUAGGACUUUAUAUCGCGUUCGCGCAAUGACGUUCGCUUUCGCAAAUCACGAGAAAAACGAUAUUCUUACUGCGACAUUCCUACGCACCGUAAGGUGGUAAAUUUCUUUAUCACGGGUGAAUCUGUAAAUACGUAUGUACUUACGUGCCGAUUAAGAGCGGAGCGAGAAAACGCGGCGAGAGAAUCCUUCAUCACCCUUUUCUGCUUGCGAAAUUCACUUGACAAGAUCUCGUUUUUCACACUACGUGCACGCGUGACUUAUACAUCGGCAAGCGAAUACGUUCCAAAAUAUCUUGUGAUCUUUUUACCGGGGAAAUACACCGUCGAAGUGAGAAUGUGCCCGAUAUCGAUGUGUGUGCGUGUGAUAGAUGCGAUUCAUAAAUUCAUCGACGUAAAUACCAGCGCAAGCCGUUUGAGAAAACUGGAUGUGUAUCCAGAUAAAACGAAAACAAGAGAUCUAUUGUAUUCUCCGGUAUAGUGUCUGCAAUGACGGUUCAGGCAAGAAGAAAGAGAAGACAGAUGCAUGCAUCUUACAAUAAUUCGUGCCAAAUAGAUAAUAUAUGUACCGAUACAUACCUGAUGCGACUUGCGACGAGCUAGUUUAACUUUGUUAUACCUUUAUUUUCUGAUAAAAUUUGUUGGAAAGUAUUUGGCGCGUUCGUAAAAUAUAGCAGGAAAACAAUAAAAUUAUUGCUCUCUGUACAA